UGUUUUCCUCUUCUUUUGUCAUGUGGAAGUGGGACAGGGCUGGAGCUCCUGCAGGAUGAAACAUGAGUUAUAGCAUCUCUCCCACAAAGCGAUCCCAGCCCUGCCUGGAGCACAGGCCUAGGUGGAAAAAACUCCUGGAUCUGGGUAAAUGCGGGGAAAAAUACAAAGUCAGGGCGCUCAGGGAACAUCGGAUGCUGUGGAGCUCCCACGCCAGCCUCCUCCCACGGGCAGCAGGUUGGCUCCUGGGAGGAGUGGCAGCACAGGGAGGUCCCCAUCCCUGUCCCUAUCCCUGUUCCCGCAGAGCUGCCUCAGCAGGCAGCAGCUCCUGGCUGCCAUCCGGCAGAUGCAGCAGCUGCUGAAGGGGCAGGAGACGCGGUUCUCCGAAGGGCUGCGCGCUGUCAGGAGCCGCCUGAGCACCAUCCACGCCUCCCUGGCCAAGGCCGCCCCCGAGCCACCCGCCGCUGCCUGUCCUGCCCUCCAAGCCCCUGCGGAUGGGAGAAAGUUUGGCACCAAAUAUUUGGUGGAUCACGAGGUUCACUUUGCCUGUGAUCCAGGAUUCCAUCUCCUGGGCUCUAGCACACGGAUAUGCCAGGCCAACGGCAGCUGGACAGGGCAGGAGGCCCACUGUGCAGAGAUCAGAGAGUGCUCAAGCAGCCCCUGCCAGAAUGGCGGGACGUGCCUGGAGGGUCUCAACCACUUCAAAUGCCUCUGUCCCCCGCGGUGGACCGGAACCACCUGCCAGUACCAGGCUCAGACUGCUCCUCCCACCUGGAGCGUGACGGAUGACCCGGCCUUCAGCCGGCAGCCCCGCUGUGCCCAGAUCGCCCAGACCCAGCAGUGCAGCUGCGAUCCCGGCUUCCACAUGAGCGGCACGUCUCCCAACGGGAUCUGCCAGGACCUUAACGAGUGCGAGGUGUACCAGCAGCAAGGGGGACCCCGGCUCUGUGCCCACGCCUGUGUCAACAUUCCCGGCUCCUUCCACUGCUCCUGCCCCGCCGGAUACGUCCUGCUGGGCGACGGCAAGAGCUGUGAAGAUAUUGAUGAGUGCUCUCUAUCCCAGGAUAACUGCACAAGCGGGAGCACCUGCAUCAACACUGGGGGGGGAUUCCAGUGCGUCACCCCCCAGUGUCCCCCGGCCGCUGGCAACGUCUCCUACGUCAAAACCUCCCCCUUCCAGUGCGAGCGCAACCCGUGCCCCAUGGAGAGCCGCUCGUGCCACCAGGCCCCCAAAACCAUCUCCUUCCACUACCUCCCGCUUCCCUCCAAGCUCCAGACUCCGGCGCCGCUGUUCCGCAUGGCCACGGCGGCGGCUCCGGGCCGGCCGGGCCCCGACAGCCUCCGCUUCGGCAUCGCGGGCGGCAACAACCGCGGGCACUUCGUGGUGCAGCGCUCGGACCGGCACACCGGGGAGCUGCUGCUGGUGCAGAGCCUGCGGGGGCCCCGCACCGUCCACGUGGACGUGGACAUGGCCGAGUACCUGGACCGGGUGUUCCAGGCCAAGCACCUGUCCAAAAUCACUCUCUUUGUCUCGGCUUACGAGUUCUAGGGGUGGCUCCUGCUCCCUGCUCAGCAUCCCAUGGCUCCCAGGGAAAGUCCGGGCUGGAGCUGCUCUGCAGCCACCUGGCCUCCCUACUCUGUCCCAAAGUUCUUCUUCCCAUGCGGAUUUACACCACCAAUUUAGGUGGACGGGCAUUGGGAAGCCCCAUCCUCAUCCCGGCUCCAGAGAGAUGAUGUCCUGCAACAGCAGAUGGAAACCACAGCCCCUAUUUCCUUUGAAUUCCCAUUUUUUCCUUUAGGAAGCAGUGAAACCAAGUGUGUGGGAAGAGGGAGGCUCAUGGCCUUUCCUGCUCCCCUCCCUUGUUGCACCCAGUCCUGCUCCCUAAAAAACACACUUCCACUUCCCUUUGGAUGCUGAGAAUCCCCCUGGCAGCCUGCAGGGAUUGAGGUCUGGUGCCUCAAUCCCCUGGGACUGAUCAGGGCUGGAACACUCCAUGAACAUCCACCUGGGUGCCCUCCUUGGCAAGUGGGGCAAAGGAGGAAUUCCAGGGCUAUCCCUGCUCCUUAAACCUCUCAAAUGGGGAUCCCCCACAGAUCCUCUUCACAGCAGAGCUUCAGCUGUAUGUGGAGGUGGGAGUAUUCCCUGCUCCAUCAGUCAGAGCCUCCAUCCUGGCAUAGGAAUGCUGGGAAGAGCUGGGAUUCAGCUUUUCCCAGGGGGAUUCACCCUCCUGCUUGUGCAUGUUCUGCAUGUUCCCUCAUCCCACUGGAUUUAGUACAAUUAAAGGAUGAUGUAAAGGA